CCCCGUUCGGGGGAGUGGACGCCCAUGUCACAGGUGGCUGAUUAUGUUUCGGCUUGGCUGCGCAAAUCUUUAGAUGGUCGCAACCGCAAUAAACUGAGGGCGGAGUGUCCACGACCGUCACUGCCCAAUAAUGUCGCCACGACGCCAGAGUUGGACCCCAUUCUGGUGCGCUAUCUGGUUAAGACCGGUAAAAACCCUAAAAAGGGUAUUGACAAAUCUUUCAAAACUGUUCAGGACAAAUUGUUGGAUGUCCUUGGGCCUAUGACUAAGAUUUUACAAUUGGCCGAACAUGCUGUCGCUUCAGGUGAAGUAAUUGAUGCAGACAUUUUACGGGGCUGGGCAUUACGAGCAGUUUGCUUGCUCGGCAAUGCAAACACUGCGGCGUCUACGGAACGCCGGAGAUCCAUCCUUAUGCGGCUGGAUCCCCAACUUACUCACCUGGCUACCGACGAACCUGGUCCGCCAGCGGACGGUUUACUAUUCGGGGAGGCCUUUCUUAAAAAUAUAAAUAAGUAUGUUGGCCUUUUCUCGGGCCUUGACAAAGCCCAAUCCUCUUUAAAAAAGGUGGGCGCUAACAAGGUUUUCCCCAGGGCUGGAAGGGGUAGGGGUCGCCCUUCCGGCCGUGCCACCAACUAUAGACCCUAUAACAGGGGCCACUACAUGCCUGACAGACAAUAUUACACACCAGUUCCCCAGCCACCACAGCCCUCGACUCCAUUCUUUCCGCCUAGAGGACGUCCGUGGAGAGCGAGGGGUGCCAGCCGCGGAUACCCAAGAUCCAGGGGCACAGGAUAUUGAAGAAUGGUUCUGCCUUGCCACGGUUCUUUGUUGGGGUCAGCUGCGUGACCUAUCCGGUUGAUCGUUCCUGUUUGAAGAUUGACGUUCUGCGUUAUUGGUUCAAGAUCCUCCGUGUGGACGCCGCCGCGCGAGUUCUGCAGUUUCGAUGCUGGAUUUCGUCACGGCAUAAAGAAAGAGGAGGAGGAGGGGCUGCAGCUUGGUUAUAUAGGGCAGUCUAUGCUUGGAUUGGUGGGAUGGAGGAGGGAGUUGCUAUGGUUACUAGGUGCUUGGACACCUGUGUUUUCUUUUUCUUUUUAUGUUUAACACUGUCAUUCUUUCUGCUAAUGGGCAAA